UAAAAAUCGCACCAAAUGCUUUUCGACACAAAUCUAUAAUCGUCGCCCCUUGUAAAAAUAUCGGCGGCGUCUAUAGUCAGUUCAUAAAAAUGAGUCAAAAUGCGAAUAAUGAUAAUAUUCGGACAGGUGAUAAGAAAAACAGUUCAAGUGCUACAACUAAAAGAAGCGAAAUUAAUAACAAUAGUGAUAGUACAGUAAUAAAAGUGAAAAGUGUGAUACCUAGACGAAGACAAGACAUACUAAAAUGGUACGGGUGGGGCUACAAGGACUCCAUGUUUCAGCUGGACGGCGAUGUUGCAUACUUCACUGGUAACAGGUACCUCAUCGCCGGGAAAAGUCUACCUCAUCUGCAAAACUGGGCAUACGAAAACUUCAAGGUGGAUUUAAAGAAACCACCUAAAAUACCAGAAAUGCCCACCUCGUUUCCCGAGACACGGUUGCCUGCUGACAUUAGACAGGAAUUAGAAGGGAUCGCUUCGGUCAGCGUCGAUGGGAUGGACCGACUAAUUAGGGCACACGGGCAAACCUUGAAAGAUAUAUCGGAUCUAAGAGGCAACAAGUUUCCAAGGAUCCCUGAUGCGGUCAUCUGGCCCGAGAGUCAUGAACAGGUGGAACAAAUAGUAAAAUGCGCAUCGAAACAUGGUUUUGUAAUAAUUCCAUUUGGCGGUGGCACUUCGGUGUCCGGCGCAGUGACCUGCCCACCCAAAGAGCAACGGCCCAUAGUCGUACUGGACACAAGCGAUAUGAACUCCAUACUGUGGCUGGACAAAGAACAGCUACUGGCUAGAGUCCAGGCUGGUAUUAUCGGCCAGGAUUUGGAGCGAGAGAUGCGAGCACGUGGAUUCACGGUUGGCCACGAGCCUGACUCGUAUGAGUUCUCAACUCUUGGAGGUUGGGUGGCGACCAGAGCCAGCGGCAUGAAGAAGAACACAUAUGGAAACAUCGAGGAUCUUAUUGUUCAGACUAAAGUGGUGACAGCCCGCGGUGUUUUGGAAAAGAGUUGCAGAGUACCAAGAAUUUCGUGCGGUCCAGAGUUUGAACACAUUGUGAUGGGAUCUGAAGGCUGCCUGGGUGUCGUCACUGAGGUGACAUUAAAAAUCCGUCCACUACCGCCUGUAGUCCAGUAUGGGUCACUGGUUUUCCCCGACUGGGACUCUGGGGUCCAGUUCGAGCGCGAGGUUGCCAGGCAACGACUCCAGCCAUCCAGUAUACGGCUUAUGGAUAACGAGCAAUUUCGGUUUGGGCAAGCACUAAAAACGGAAUCAUCGUGGGGAGGGGUCUUUCUUGAUGGCCUGAAGAGAAUCUACAUCACUCGCAUCAAAGGCUUCGACCCGACGAAGCUGUGUGUGGUGACGUUACUGAUGGAGGGCACAGCGGAGGACGUCGCCGAGAGGGAGAAGAAGCUCAACAGCAUAGCAGCGCAGUUCGGAGGGAUACCGGCAGGCGCUGAGAACGGUGAAAGAGGGUACACGCUAACCUUCGUCAUCGCUUAUCUUAGGGAUGUAGCUAUGGAAUAUGGCAUAGUGGCGGAGUCGUUCGAGACGUCAGUGCCGUGGGACCGCACCGCCGCGCUCUGCAGCCGCGUGAAGCGCCGCAUCCGCGACGAGUGCGCCGCCCGCGGCAUACAACACUAUCUCAUCUCGUGCCGCCUCACGCAAACCUAUGACGCUGGAUGCUGUAUAUAUUUCUAUUUUGCACACAAUUCGGAAAAGUUCAUUGACCCUGUAGCAACCUAUGAAGAAAUAGAGGAGGCAGCACGAGACGAGAUCAUUGCUUCCGGUGGUUCGAUAUCACAUCAUCACGGUGUCGGAAAAUUGCGAAAAAAAUGGUACACAGAUACGGUAAGCGAACCAGGUCGACAGUUACUCUUGGCUGCAAAGAGAGCGCUAGAUCCUGACAAUAUUUUUGCAUUAAGAAACAUGGCCUUAGAUGAAUAUGAUGGAGAUCAAGAAGAUAUUGGUAUAAAAAGUAAAUUAUAGAUGUAAAAUUUUAUACUGAGAAAUUAAGUACUUAUGUAUUUUUUACACAUAGAUAAUUCAACAUUCCAGUUUUAACUGCAAUGCAAUAUUACAGUUUUGUAAUAAAACACAAAAAUUAUGGCUGCUGAAAAUUAUUAAUAUUUUAUUUCAGUAAAAUAAAUAAGAUGUAAAAUUUAUCAGAAAACUAUGAAACUGUAAAUAUUUUAUUUUAAACUUUAUUUAUAUUAUUAACAGGCUUGAAAAUUUACUGCUUUAAGAAACUCAUUCGUAAUAAAAAAUAAAAUAAGAUUUCUUAAAAGAAUCGACCUCACAUUAUAAUUAUUAUAAUACCACCGUAUUUUAACUUUCUGUCAUAAUCAUUAUUUCUGAAACUAAGUGCGUUACAUAAUUUUUUUAUUUUUAUUUUAAAGACAGCUCAGUUCUCUGUAAUAUCUUAUUAGCAAUCACAACUGAGUAAAUAAGAUUUGUUUUUGUAUUGUAUCGUAUUUUUAUACACUGACGUCUCAUAAAAAAUGAAGCACCUCCUUUUAUUUUGUGGUAGAAAUAAGUAUAUGUUUAUAUAAAAAAAUAUAUAAGACAAAGCCACCAAGUAUAUAUAAUAAUUAACUUGUACUAACAUAUUUUAUAAUCCAGACACGAUUUAUAUUGCUCAAUUUUUGGUUAAGUUUAAUUGGUUAAAAAUUGUGUUAACGUAAACAUUCCUUUUAAUUUUACUAUGUAGAAUAAUUUUUAUUAUAUGCAUUGAAAUUAUUUCAAUUGGUUAUAGAUUAAAAUAUAUAUUAUUUAAAAAUC